ACCUUGCGUGAGGACAGCAGUCUGGUACGGGCUCCUUUCAGCACCAUUCCUCUAUAGGCCCCUCAACAGAUUGACCAUGAGGCUUCUACAUGUCCUGGGUUUCACCCUCUUGCUCUGCACCCUUUGUGUGAGGGCAGAGGAGGAAAAAGUUGAGGUAGACAGCUCUGAAGAUGAUGCAGAACCAGAGAUACCAGAGGAAAAAGAAAAGACAGACGAAAUUACAGAGGAGAAAGACGUUUUGGUCCUUCAUAGCGUCAACUUUGAUAGAGCUCUAAGGGAAAACAAGUAUCUGCUUGUGGAAUUUUAUGCUCCAUGGUGUGGUCACUGUCGCACUUUGGAGCCUAUCUACGCCGAGGUGGCUGGACUACUGAAAAAAGAGUCUUCUGCUGUACGACUGGCCAAAGUGGAUGCGAUAGAAGAGAGAGAACUUGCUGAGGAGUUCAGCGUCAACAGCUUUCCGACGAUCAAGUUCUUAAAAGACGGCAACAGACAAAACGCCACAGAUUUUUCUGGAAAGCGAACUGUUAAGGGAAUCACAAUGUGGCUUGACCGUCACACGGGACCAAGCGCUUCUGUUCUUGAUGACGUGAAGAGCGCAGAGGGACUUCUGGACUUACAUGACGUGAUUGUGGUUGGAUUCUUUCAGGAUCUGGAAGGAGAUAAGGCAAAGGCAUUCUAUGAUGUAACCUUAACAGUAGUGGACGUAAACUUUGGCAUCACAAGCAAUGCAGAGCUUUUCAAGAAGUAUGAUGUACAGAGUGAUUCAGUGGUACUCUUUAAGAAGUUUGAUGAUAAGCGAGCAGAUAUGCCACUCUCUGAAGAGAGCAAGCUAGACAAAGGGGAGCUGAUUUCCUUCAUUAACUCCAACCGUAUGGAACUUGUCAUUCCAUUUGAUGAGGAGAAUUCUGAACUAAUUUUUAGCUCCAAGGUCCAUAAACACAUCCUUCUAUUCAUCAAUUCAACUUUGGAAUCCCACAAUGCAUUACUAGAGGAUUUUAGAGCUGUUGCCAGUGAGUUUAAGGACAAAGUGCUCUUCAUCAAGAUAGAUGUUUCAUCUGACAAAGUGGGUCAUGUGCUAAAGUAUUUCAGUCUAUCUGAAAAUGAUAUUCCUAUUGUUCGCCUCAUCAACACUGAAACAGUGCUGAAAUAUGCAAUGGAUGAGUCAACCAUCAACAAAGACACACUGAGAACAUUUUGCCAGGAUGUCCUGGAUGGUACUGUGAAGCCCAAUUUUAAGAGUCAAGAAAUUCCUGAGGAUUGGGACAAGAAUCCAGUUAAAGUCCUUGUAGGGAAGAACUUCAACCAAGUGGCUUUUGAUGAGACAAAGAAUGUCUUUGUGGAAUUUUAUGCUCCAUGGUGUGGCCACUGUAAGGAGCUGACCCCUAUUUGGGAUGAGUUGGGCGAGAAGUACAAAGACCAUGAGAACAUAAUUAUUGCAAAAAUGGAUGCCACAGAAAAUGAAGUGGAGGAGGUCUCUAUACAGGGAUUCCCAACCAUUAAAUACUUUCCUGCUGUGGCUGAAAAGAAGAUUGUUGACUAUAAUGGACAGAGGGAUUUGGAGACUUUCUCAAAGUUUCUGAAUAAUGGUGGAGUGUUACCAGUAGAAGAGGAUAAAGAUGAUGAUGAUGAUGAAGAAGAUGAGGUGUCGGAUGAAUUGAUAGAAGAACCACCAAAAUCUACAAAUGAAACCAGCAAGGAUGAGCUGUAAAAAACAAAGCAUAAAUCAACUGAUUGGUGCUAAACCAAUUCAGUGUGAGAUCUAUGCAAUAUGAGCCAAAUGUUUUAUUACAAAUUUAUGUCAUUUUCUCUGCACUGGACCAUUUCAACAAAUGAAAUAUCUGACUAAUUUGAAUAAAAAUUACUUAGUAA